GGUGUGAAGCAGCGCAGCGGCUCCGCGCAGGACUCACAAGCUGGAUAUGAAGCGAGGGGACAUGACGGUGUGACCGGCGGAGUAACGCAUGCAUGCAAGAGGACUUUUUGGUCCGGGGCCAAACGUGAAGGGUACGGGAGUGUCCGUCUGAUGGUGCGCGUCUCUCCAAGGUGGAUCCGGUUUCCAGUCCGGUAACACAAACUGACUUCGUUUCGCGAGAAACCGACCCGAACGGAAAGGACAGCUGACACAUCUCCUCAUUACUGGAUCCCAGUAUGAUCCGAGCAGCUCGUUUGGACACCUGAUUGUGUCCACGCGUCUCUCUCUGUGGACACAAGUCACAUUCCCAACAACAACAUUUAUUUUCCGACAAAUUGUGCGACUUUUCUCUGCACAUUUAAACUCAGAGGAGACUCCGGGAGGAUAAAACACUGUCACCGAGUCACAAGAAGACAUUUACCGUCACACCUGGACAUUAUGUGAAAAAUAAAAGGUGUGGAAAUGCGUCGCAAAUGCUUCUGUCUGCUUGAGGUGUGUGCCAUCAUCAGCCUCCUGCCUUCUGGCUGUUUAUCAGAUCUGACAUGUGAAGCUCUGCUCAUGCUGUCAGGAAAUGUCUCAUUACAGUCGCUGGCCUCCACCUGGAACCAGACCCUGAGCAACGCCACAGGUCAGUGGAGCGGCUCGGGACUCUCCUGUGACACUUCCAUUGAUGGCAUCGGCACCUGCUGGCCCAGGAGCAGCGCCGGCCAGAUGGUGGCACGACCCUGUCCUGAGAUGUUCUACGGCGUCAGAUACAACACCACCAAUAAUGUUUAUAGGAAAUGUCUUGCAAAUGGGACGUGGGCGCUGAAGGGGAACUACUCCAUGUGUAAGGCCAUACUUCACGAGGAGAAAAAAGGCAAGAUGCACUACCAAAUAGCUGUGAUCAUAAACUUUCUGGGUCACUGCAUCUCCAUGGUGGCUCUGCUCGUAGCCUUCUUCCUCUUCUUGUGUUUGAGGAGCAUCCGCUGCCUGAGAAACAUCAUCCACUGGAACCUCAUCACCGCCUUCAUCCUGAGGAACGCCACCUGGUUUAUCGUCCAAAUGACCAUGAGUCCAGAGGUGCACGAAAGUAACGUGAUUUGGUGCCGUCUCGUCACCGCCUCCUUCAACUAUUUCCACUCCACCAACUUCUUCUGGAUGUUUGGCGAGGGCUGCUACCUCCACACCGCCAUCGUCCUCACCUACUCCACCGACAAGCUGCGCAAGUGGAUGUUCAUCUGCAUCGGCUGGUGUAUACCGUUCCCUAUCAUUGUGGCAUGGGCGAUCGGGAAGCUGUACUACGACAAUGAGAAGUGCUGGUUUGGGAAGCGAGCCGGCGUCUACACAGACUACAUCUACCAAGGUCCCAUGAUUCUUGUCUUAGUGAUCAAUUUCAUCUUCCUCUUCAACAUCGUGAGGAUCCUGAUGACCAAACUGCGAGCCUCCACCACGUCAGAGACGAUCCAGUACAGGAAAGCUGUGAAGGCUACGCUGGUUCUCCUUCCUCUCCUGGGAAUCACCUACAUGCUGUUCUUCGUGAACCCCGGCGAAGACGAGAUCUCUCAAAUCGUCUUCAUAUAUUUCAACUCGUUUUUGGAGUCCUUCCAGGGCUUCUUUGUGUCAGUGUUUUACUGCUUCCUGAACAGCGAGGUGCGCUCAGCUGUGAGGAAACGGUUCCACCGCUGGCAGGAGCAACACUCGAUCCGAGCCCGGAUGACCCAGGCCAUGUCCAUCCCCACCUCACCUUCACGGGUCAGCUUCCACAGCAUCAAGCAGUCCACGUCACUAUGAGAGAGGAGGCCGGUGUCGUCCUGGAUACGAGCUUUAGGAUGAAACCCCCCGCCAACUGUCGUCAUCAUUUUCUGCCACAUCACUGGAGAACACUUUGCGAGCCGGGCUGCGGAGAGAGGCUGCAUCAGUCUCCGAAACCUCAGGAGGGACAUUAUACAGAGCUGAGAAUGGAUGAACACGGAGAUAAAGGACACUGCAGACGUUUGGAGACGAGAGGUUAGUGGAUCAAAAGAUGCACGUGACCAAGUUUGACUUUGAAUCUGGGUGUGAAUGUACAGCACUCCAUAUUCUGUAACGUUUGCCUGCCAUAGAGGUCUCUGUUGUUCCUGCCUGCACACUUUGGUUUUGUUUUUUUGCUAUCUUACGUCAGUGAGAACUCUGAGCUCAUGUCGCUGGACUGCACUGAACUGGAUUCCAUCCCAGCGGACACUGGACUCAAACCCAGCUACUAAAUUAUUUAACAGAUUUUAUUUUCAUCUUUGUUUUCGAUCGUCUGGUCGUAGUGUUCGUUCAUUUGCUGUUGUGCUAUCUUCCUUUCUGUUCUCAGCCAGCUUGGUGCAGUCGUGCUACGUUCAUCUACUCUAAACACAUUCCAUACAUUUCUACCUGAAGAGUUUUGUUCCAAAAUGAAACCACGAGGAAAUGUUAAGCACAUGAGUGGGUUAGCAGUGAAGUUUGAAGAACCGAGCCAAAGUCAGAAGGCAGUUAGCUCGAGCUGCGUUCACAUGCAGUCAGGUAGAAGGCACGGGAAAAACAAACAGUUGGACAGACAGGUUUAUGUUGCUAUGGUGACGCCGUAUUGUUUACGAAAAAUGGAAUAAAACACAUUAAAUCUCAUUAUUUAAUGUUUAUCAUUUUAUAUAAUUAUUCUAGGAAUGUCCGGUGCAAGAUGGCCUGUGGUUUCUCCUUGUGUGAAGAAGCUACGUAACAUCUGGUUGUAAAUUCCGUCGCGGAAGACGGCAAAAAAUUUAAACAUUUUGACUUUCAGCUGCAGUGUCAUCUACUGUUGCCGGUAUCCUCUGCUGACCUCACCUGAUUUUACCCUCCUGCUCUAUUCGGUUUGCCGUCCACCGUCUCCCUGAUUUCAUAUAAACACAGCUUAGCAUUAGCUUAGCUUUAGCUUAUUAGCUUAACAUAUAGCCUGUCCUCUGUGUCCAGAAAUCAGUGUUUGAAUGUAACACAAGUGCUGAACUUAAGGACUAGUCUGAGGUGCUUCACAGAGUCUUUUUAUUUCAUGCCACUUUCUGCGCCAUCAUAUCUCAGAGGGAAAUAUUGUAGUUUUCACUGCACUACAUUUACAUUAUGUGUUAGCUUUAAAGGGUUGCAACGGUAUGAGAUUUUGACGGUACGAAAGCCGUCUCAGAAAAUAUUGUGAUUUCACAGUAUCGCGUUAGUUUAUAUUAUUAUCAAUCAGAACGACUCUUAAAGGAAUGAAAACAGAGGGAUUAUUGUUAACUGAACAAAGGUUUUAUUACUAUAACUGAAACUUGAAACUAUUUGUUAAUUUAAGUUUGUUUAUAAAGUCUGUCCUUUAAAAAUAACAUAAAUAAAGGAGAGAUUCAACGUCCAGUUGCACUUUUUUUUCAGUAUUGUAGAUAAGCAAAUGUAAAGUGUGAUAACCAUCAACUUUUAUAUCACUGUAAACCUUAAGACUGGGCUAUCGCUGCAACCCUACAGCUUUAGUUACUUUACAAUCUUUAUGUAAAACACAUUGAAAGACCUUUAUGAUUCCUAAUAUGUUUUGUUAAGCAAGAUCAUCUUAAAUAAACACCACUUUAUGAUUUUUGAAGCAUAAAUUCAGUCACCAGAGGUAAAGAGCAAACGUUAGGUUAUAAACGAACUUCACUCCAGUCACAUGACUUUAUGUCUCGCCCACAACGAGGCUGUAAAGUCAUAUUCAUUGUGAUGAUAUUCUGUCAUCUCAUUUAGCCAGGAGUUAAAUGUUAACUCAUCUCCAGGUUUCAGGACUCAUUCCUGGAGCACUCUGUAUGUUUGUUAUAAAUUAAAUUACCCAACAGUUUAUACACGUACAGUUGAAACUAUUCAUUGAUUGAUCAAGUAGUUAACUGACAGAAAAUUAAACUGUUUUGGUUAAUUCCAAGAGUAAAAUCCUGCUUAUAUUAUUUAUAUUAAUGCAUGCGUAAUGAUAAUCUAAUGAUAUAAUUUAUAAAAGUCACUGUCAUUUUCCUGAUUAUACUUGCAUACUUUUACUUAAGUAACAUUUAUUUGUACAGUGUGGUAUCAGUACUUUAACUGAACGUGAAAACUAACUAAAACAGUUUCACACUGUAUUAAGAUGUGAUUGAAAGCUCUGUAAAAUGCUCCUGAAUGGACCUUAAGUGAAGAUUAUUUUGUCAAACUUCUGUUUUUAAGGGAUGUUUAGUGUUUUUGGAACAAAACUCUUCAGCUGAAUAAAGAGACUUACUAAUGUUGCCUCUCAACCAGCAGCCAGACGAGGAUGAAGAGAACAGUGAGCCGAGACGUUUAUUAAAGCAGGAAGGAGUUUAUUCUGCGGAAGCUGAGAACAGACAUGUUUGCUAAUUCUUAAUGAUCACGAGUUAAUUAUUUUAUUAUUUUGAGAUCAGAAGAUGAAUUUUUGUCAUCUCAAGAUUACGAUUUAAUUAUUUUGUUAUCUCAAGAUUACGUGUCACUUUUGUGGUUAUCUUGAGAAAACGAGAUAAUCAACCCGUUACCACAAGAGAAAGUUUCUUUAUCUCUUAUUACUUGUGAUGUUUCUCAGUGAGCUCUCAUCUUUGGCCAUCAUAAAACCAAACUGUCUGCUCCAACGACGUACCUGCAGCAAACAAAACUACACGUUCAUGUUGUUCAUGUCUCCUCCUGACAGUCACCACAGCUGAAGUCAGGUGCGAUCAAUUGAACCAGACGUACGUUUUUGAGUUCUCCAUAAUUCUCUCAUGAUCUCCAGAAAACAGAGUUUGUUCCUCGUGAUAAAUCAUCUCAUUAUCUUGAGAAAUCUGAUUUUGUUUUCAUGAGAAUCGACAUCAAUUAAUUUGUUAUCACAAGAAAAUAAGUUUCUAUCAGUAUCUAAAGAUACUGAAAUAAGUUGUGAUCUCGACAUAAAAAAUUGCAGGCUCGGUCUUUUCUCUGCUUCCGUACGUUCUUGUGUUAUCAAGUGACUCUCUGAGGUGUUCAAGUGACUUGAAGCGUGACGUGACGUGACGUGACGUGACGUGACGUGACGUGACGUACGUGACGUGACGUGACGUGACGUGACGUGACGUGACGUGACGUGACGUGACGUGACGUGACGUGAGCGGGCUACGCAGUAACUCUGUUUACUGAUCUAUUGUAAAUAUAUAAAUAUAUAAGCUUUGGGGUGGGGGAGGGGUGAUGGGGGGUUAUUGUCACAAAUAUAAACCAAAAAACACAAACCACACACUGUGAAUCAUGUGGGCACAUUCAUCCAUGUGGUCGACAAUUCACAGUCCACAUUCCUACGAUACCAGUAUGCCUAGCACCUGUGCUUUUUGAUCAACUGCUGUUUGUCUCAAAUUGUAUAUGGACCUCAUCUUUUUAUCGCCCCACGGAAAAAUCUGUUUUUUAUCCUUUUCAAGUGACGUGUGGAGCUCUGGUGGUGAUGGAAAAAGACAACAGCAUUUCUGUGGGAUGGAUAUGAUGUCAUAUUUAGAGACUGGAAAAGAACAUGGAUGAAACUCAGUGUUUGAAGGGUUAGAAAGUGAUUUUUAAAUUUUUGCAAGAUUGAAACUGAGAUUUGAAGGCUGCAUCAUAUUUUGAUGGGCUGAAAAGAAAUUCAUAUCUCUGGGAACAUUUAGUUUUUAAGUUUUGAGUUUUCUCUCGUCACAACUUCAGCACUUGUUCAACACGUUUUCAAUUUCAGAUUCGCCACUCUUCUCCUGGUGUGUUCUUGUUGGUGAAUCAACAUUUGUAUUUUCUACCUACAGAUAGUUUAUAGAGUAUCUGUAACAUGAAACUGUGCUGAUUGUAAGAGAAACUGGGCUGGUGGGCGGAGUCAUGAACCGCAAGGCUGUAAUUUUCUUUCACAGCUGCGGCAACUAUUUUUAGAGUUUCUCCAACACAUUUUCAGUUUCAGAUUCGUCACUGUUCUUCCUGUGUUUUUUUCCCCAGAUUUGAAACCUUGUGAAUGUUGAUCUGAAGUUGAGCAUAUGUUGGAAAAAAAAGUUUCUUUAUUUGAAAAUUUUCUGAUGUACAUUUGCACUCGUGCUGCUCUUGACUCUUCUGUCAGAGUUUUAGCCUUUCUAAGUUUUUGGGCCUUUUGCAAAAUAUGACAUCAUAUUCAUCCCGUAUCUUUCACAGCCACUGUGAUGUGUUUUAUUCUCAUGUUAAUCAUCUGAAAAGGUGCCAUUCAAAAGUUUGUGAUCAGCUGUCGAAUCUAUGUUUUAUGUAUAUUAUGUGUAUAAUACAACAUAUUAACUAUUUUAACAGAGAUAAAAACAAAAUGAUCCAGACACCAAAUUUAAUAUUUACAUUUCAUAUAGUUUUGCUUCCAACAGAAGAACUGGAUGAUUCCAACCCGUUCAGUUGACGUCCCCACAGUGCAGCUCUGUCUCCUAAAGAAUUAUGUUUGUAUAUUAGCAGUCUGACUCACUGGAUGUAAACUGUGGCUGUAAACCUUCCAUCAGGCCACUGAUUCAGGUCAGCAUUGUCGUUACCAUCCGUGUUACCAUCUAAAUCCCCUUCGCUACCUCUGAGCUAACAACCCACACACUGAAUAUGACACAUGUUGACGAAGCUUUUGAUGGUGCAGUUAAAGCCUACCCGCUUUGUUGGGUCUGUGAAUUAUUGUAAAGAUCAACAGCGAAUAAAACAACUUGUGAACGCACCUCAGAAAAGCCCAGACUCCGUUUCGCAGGACUUUCAUGCCCCGAUGUCGAUCUGUUUGCUGAAACAGCCAGUCAGAGUUGAUUCGUCACAUCUUUCAAAACAUCUUCAGUCAAACGUUACCUGAAUUCGAUCCUUUUUGCAGUAGAGGUCUGAACUCAGACUGUCCGAACUCCUCGCCAGAUCAGCAAACUUUCUGUUGCUGCAACCAGCUGAGCCGCUCUCCUCCUGGCGAGUUAGCAUGAGCUAACACAGCAGCUGCGCUAACGUCCAACACUGUGCCUUAAACGGUCCCAAGAAGCUCACACUCGUAGCACUCAACUCCACUCUGACAUUAAACCCAUUAAUAACCGUUAGGUAACGUUAGCCGUGUGAUGCUAACAGUUAGCCGUGUGAUGCUAACAGUUAGCCCUGCGACUGUGAGAGUCUCCCAGUUUUAUCUUGUAAAGUGAAUGAUAGAUUCUCAAACUUUAAACGGGUAAGAAGUCCGGCUUGAUGGUUUGGAGCCGGGUGUUGAAUGUGAGCCGCCUAGUGGGCCUCUUCUGGUGAGCAGAACUGGUGCUGCAGGUUGAACCGAACACCGGGUUAAGGCGGUCGAUGCUAACACUCAUCAGACCCAAGAAAAGAUAUUGGUCGAUACAGACCGCAGGACGGUGGCCAUGGAUGUUUUUGUGGCAACAGUGUCACCUGAAUUUGCGUCUAAUUGAACUAUGGCUAAGCCACGCCCCCUCCACUCACUCAAACUAUCAACAUUCAGUGCCCGGCGCUAUGGCAGGUGUCACAGUACACGGCAUUUCACAGGAGGCAACUGAUGAUUUUUGGGGACAUAACGAUCAGAUGUCAUUGAGAAGUAACCAAAAGGGCCUAAACUACGCAUUGGAGGGAUAUAUUCAUCAUUUUAUUGUUGAGAAGGUCGAUGAAAAGCUUAAAUUACAAGCCAAAAUUUACAGGUCACAGUGUACGCUUGUGAACCGCAUCUGGUUGCCGUCAUUACAGACGGAUUAACUUAUCUGCCAUUACAGAUAAGUUAAUGAAGCUAAGCUCCAGAAGUUAACGUUAGCUUAACUAGAGCCCUUUGGACAACAGCUAACAAUGAUGUACGAUCACCAAAGUACAAAACUAGAACAAAAUAGGCUAAUGAACUCCCAGCAAACAAGGUGACAUGAUGAACAACGCAGCUAGGAGCUAACGUUAGGCUAACUUUAGCUAACGUUAGCUAGAGAUGUUAAAGAUAACUUUAUAUUUCUUUCCAGCAAAGUGACAAUAUGUUGCCUCAAACACAAUGUUGACUUACCUUAGAACAGAUGUAGACAUCAUUGUUAAUCUUAUUCACGUUGAGUUGAUGUUGUGGUCUAACGUUACCACACAACUUUAUCCAAAGGAGACACUUUUUCUC